AUGAAGGUCGUCGUUGGGAUUCGAGAGAACGCGUCUUCUCUGGAAAUUCCCGCGCCAUGUCAAAAUGAGUGCUGCCUUUUUCGUGCGUCUGUCGAUCCCCCAUCAAGUAAAGUCUCUACCGGAGGGCCCAACCCGUCGAUGCUUCUGACAGGCUAUGCAUUCCAGUGGUCGAAUAUGUCAGAGGCGCGGAGACUUAACUUGAGAAGCAUUAUGAGAACUUCACGGAUUGCUGAAACGCAAUCUGGACGACCAUAUUCUGCCAAAAACGUGCAGCAGGACAAGGAACUGAACGUCCACAAUAUUUCAAUUGGUACCAUUGGUCCUGCUAGUCCUAAUGAAACUGGCGUUUUUCCGACUGGUGCAUUCCGUAUUCUCAAAGUGGAGCUGAAGGAACCAUUUUUAGCACCUGAGGUUCAUAUGGCACUAAAGGUACAUACACCGAUAAAGAGUACCAUUGUCCUAGAGGUGGCGGCAACUAUAGGCGCAGCUUCUGGUCCAGUCACAAAUCUGGAGAGCAUUGAAUUUAAGGAUCUCCUUGGCCCGGAUGAAGCUAAAGUGCCUAGACAUCAAACAGGACAGGUUGUUAAUCCGUGCGGCAUGGUCAUUGCACUUUGA